CCGAGAAGUUGCCUUUGGCGCGUCGUUCUGACGCAUUUCCGGUGUUCCCCCCCCGCGGUCCCGCUAGUCUAUGUGAGGGUCUUUAAUUCUGGUAGCUGCGGGCGAGUUCCGGACUUCGUGCCAGCGUCCUGGUCGGGGGACAUGGGCGUGACUUGUGUGUCUCAGAUGCCCGUGGCUGAGGGCAAGAGCGUCCAGCAGACAGUGGAGCUCCUCACCCGGAAGUUGGAGAUGCUUGGGGCAGAGAAGCAAGGAACAUUCUGUGUGGACUGUGAGACUUACCACACAGCUUCCUCUACCCUUGGAAGCCAAGGUCAGUCCGGGAAGCUGAUGUAUGUCAUGCAUAACUCGGAGUACCCACUGAGCUGUUUCGCCCUCUUCGAGAAUGGUCCUUGCCUUAUUGCUGACACCAACUUUGAUGUGCUCAUGGUGAAGCUCAAGGGCUUUUUCCAGAGUGCCAAGGCCAGCAAGAUUGAGACCCGGGGCACUCGUUACCAGUACUGUGACUUCCUUGUGAAAGUGGGCACAGUCACAAUGGGUCCCAGCGCCCGAGGCAUCUCUGUGGAGGUGGAGUAUGGGCCCUGCGUGGUAGCCAGUGACUGCUGGAGCCUGCUGCUUGAGUUCCUGCAGAGUUUUCUAGGCAGCCACACGCCAGGGAUUCCUGCAGUGUUUGGAAACAGACAUGAUGCAGUCUAUGGCCCAGCAGAUACCAUGGUGCAGUACAUGGAACUCUUCAACAAGAUCCGCAAGCAGCAGCAGGUGCCAGUGGCUGGGAUUCGUUAAGUGACUGGCAGCUGCCAGCUGAGCCUUGCACACCAGGGGCACGCCACAGGACUGCACAGGGGCACUGCACAGGAGGCACAGAUGCUGCACUCAGGUCUCCAGACUCCAGAAGUCUGGAGCAGACAAGGAGGCUCCUCUUCCUCUCUGGUUUCCAGCUGUGGCUGUUGUUCUGGGACUCUGGACUCCCUGAUGUUGACCUUGGCCCCAACAGCUGUUCCCCUGCCUCCAGGCCUGACCUCAGGAAUGAUUUGGCCUGUCCGCAGGAAUGAUUAUUAUGAAGAUUGGAAUACUUUGGACCUUUCCUGCUUUAGGGGAGAAGGUAGGAUGGGGUGUCCCUGCCCAGCAUUGGUGGGCAACUCAGUCUGUAUUCCUAGGUACUGAGGAUUUGGUCUAGGCCCGCAGUGGUCAUGCCAUGCUCUGUGUUUGGGCUAUGAGGGAAUAAAAGUCUGUUCCUUAACUCAAAGGACGUGG